AUGGGGAACGUGACAGCGAAUCCGACGCCCGAGUUCUACGAGGAGCCGCUCCGAAUAGCUCUAAUUUUGGAAUAUAUUUUCAUCAACCUGCUCAUCAUCACAUCUGACUCCUUGUUUCUAAUUGUGAGUCUUUGAUUAUAACUUUUAAAAUUAUAUCCUUCGUCCGCAAAAGUCGUUCUUAAGGCUCUCUUUGCAUUUAUUCGAAAUUGGAUAUACUUUUUAGGGUAUCCGCAAAUUGUGGGGCUGGAAGUCCAACUUUGCCUACGUAAUAUUAGGGCUUUCGGCAUUGAGCAGUCUGCAAGCGUCUGUAGUUUGGAUCUUGGCCCUUCUCUGUGCUCUGAUCAGAGCUCCCUGGGAGGUGCAGAUACUUUGGAGGGUCGGUUUGUUGAUCUACUUCCAAUCAUUUAUCGAAUGAGUUCAGAUUUUCGGCGCUUUCCAGUUCGCCAGCGACACGACCAACGUCAUCUUCUUCCUGUUCCUGCUCGGCCAGCAAUUCUGCUACACCGCCUUGCCUUCCCUGAGUCGCAAAGACUACUGCACAGUUGUUUCCAAAGUUAGGAAACAUAAAGUACCAUAUCUACUGAUAAAAGUUCCAGAUUGUACUGGCUUUUCUGGUCUUGUUGUUCUUUUUUCAAAUGUCUUUGUCUUUGACGCCUUGGGUCGGAAAUCGAUUCGUUCCUGGGGUCCUCAGCUACGCCUCAAUCAAACAGUUACCUUUCUCGAAAACAUACAUCAGGUAGUUCGAAAAAUCAUGAAAUAUGGAAAAAUGACCGCAUUUAAGUUACAUGAACGUCACCAACGACAUCACAACUUAUCUUCAGGCGGCGAUUUAUUUGUUAAUUUUCCUAAUUCUCACGGUGCGCAAGAAUAUAUCCUGGAAGAAAGACAAAGAGCUCCGAAUGCUUUACCAGGUUUGACUCUUUCUUACUACUUCCAAUGAAAUCUUGAUAGGUCCUUUUGAUGACGACUAUAAGCAUCAUAUACUACAUAAUCGUGAAUUAUAUUUAUUCCCCAGAGAUCGGAAAAUUAACUCUAAUUAUAAUGAAUCAUAUCAACUUCAGCAGCAACUUCCUCACACUAAUGCCGUAUUUCCUUAUGAACAGGUGGAAUCAAAUUUCAUCUCUAGGGAAAACAAGUUUUCCGUGAUAUUUUAUUUUGGAAUUUAAGAGUGUUUUACCUUUGAACAACUUAAGGAAACUACGAGCGGGAAUUCAAGAAUUUUUCGGCAUAGAGAAGAAAUUGCUACGUCCUCAAAACGUUGUCAUAGCGCCUUCGACACGGAGCAACACAAAUAUUCAGUAAAGAAAGGAAAACAACUUCAUUACCGUAUUCUCGAUUUCUCUUCGAAUCUUCAUUUUUGUCAUUAA